AGGUCACUUCUUUUCCCUACAUCUGACUGCCUUGGCCGCUUCAGUACUAUGAGAGCAACAGCCAUUGUCCUACUCUUGGCUCUGACACUUGCAACCAUGUUCAGUGUAGAAUGUGCCCAACAAACGAAACAGAUGGUUGACUGCAGUGAUUAUAAAAAGUUACCACCAGGACAAGAGAGAUUUUGUCAUCAUAUGUAUGAACUAAUUUGUGGAUCUGAUGGCAAAACUUAUAAAAAUGAUUGCUUCUUCUGUUCUCAAGUUAAGAAAACUGACGGCAAACUUAAAUUUGUACAUUAUGGAAAAUGUUAA